AUGAAUCUUGAUGCUCCGAAAGCUGAGAUCAAAUCGGCCACCCGCGUCAGUGGCGGCCCCGCUACCCCUCGCAAGGGACCACCGAAGUUCAAGCAGAGGCAGACCCGUCAGUUCAAGAGCAAGCCUCCGAAGAAGGGAAUCCAGGGCUUUGGUGAUGACAUCCCUGGAAUGGAGGGCUUAGGCACAGACAUCACCGUCAUUUGCCCAUGGGAGGCCUUCAAUCACCUGGAGCUGCACGAGCUGGCCCAAUACGGCAUCAUCUGA